AUGAUAACAGCUGAAAUACCCGAUAUGGAAGUUGACCCUGAUGGUUAUAAAGCUGUAAAGAACUACAUGAUGCAUGGACCUUGUGGAGACCUCAAUCCAGGAUGCCCAUGUAUAAAGCAAGGAAAAUGCACCAAGCAUUUUCCAAAGAAGUUCAAUAAUCAAACAACUUUUGAUACAGAUGGGUUCCCAUUNAGUGUUCCAAAUCAAGUUAUUCCAAUUAAUGCAAGAUCUGAAAAGCAACAACCUUUUGGAAAAAUAAUUGCAUGUUUAUAUACAAUUGAGUUUCAGAAAAGAGGACUACCUCAUGCACAUAUACUACUCUUCCUGCAUCCUACAUUAAAAAGUCCAUCUAUAGAUCAUAUCAACACAAUGAUAACAGCUGAAAUACCCGAUAUGGAAGUAGACCCUGAUGGUUAUAAAGCUGUAAAGAACUACAUGAUGCAUGGACCUUGUGGAGACCUCAAUCCAGGAUGCCCAUGUAUAAAGCAAGGAAAAUGCACCAAGCAUUUUCCAAAGAAGUUCAAUAAUCAAACAACUUUUGAUACAGAUGGGUUCCCAUUUUAUAGGAGAAGAAACACAGAUACUCCAAUAGAACAUGAUGAGAUCAAAAAAUAUCUAGAUUGUAGAUUCAUAUCAGCUACAGAAGCUUGCUGGAGGAUCUUUUCGUUUGACAUACAUCAUAGACAGCCAACAGUUGAGUGUUUGCCAUUCCAUUUACAAGGAGAAAACACCAUAGUAUUCCAAGAAGAAAGGUGUCCUGAAAGCAUACUAAACAGACCCGACAUAGUAAAAACAAAAUUCACGGAAUGGUUUGAGGCAAACAAAGAAUAUGAGGAUGCGCGAGAGCUAACAUAUUCAGAUUUUCCUACACGUUGGGUCUGGGACGCAACAUGCAAAAGAUGGACUAGAAGAAAAAAAGGGAAGUCAGUUGGUAGAAUUUACUUCGCACAUCCUGCAAGUGGAGAACGAUUUUACAUGAGAAUGCUACUUAAUUUUGUCAAAGGAAGCACUUCUUUUGAAAGCAUCAGAACAAUUAAUGGAGUUUGGUAUGAUACUUAUAAGGAGGCAUGCUAUGCAUUGGGAUUAUUGGAGGAUGAUAAAUAA